GCCGCUGGCGAAGGAGGGACGGACGGGUCGGGAGGGCGCCGCGCUGCGCUGCGCGGGCGACUCGGCGCUCCGGACGCCCCUCCGCCCGCCGCCGCCCCGCGCGCCUCCGUCCCCGGCGUCUAUGGAAGUGAUGGAAGGGCCCCUCAACCUGGCUCAUCAACAGAGCAGACAAGCGGAUCGCUUAUUAGCUGCAGGGAAAUACGAAGAGGCCAUUUCUUGUCACAAAAAGGCUGCAGCUUAUCUUUCUGAAGCCAUGACGCUGACAAAGUCUGAGCAGGCCCACCUGUCGCUGGAGCUGCAGCGGGACAGCCACCUGAAGCAGCUGCUGCUCAUCCAGGAGCGGUGGAAGCGGGCGAAGCGGGAGGAGCGGCUGAAGGCGCAGCAGCACCCCGACAAGGACGGCCUCAGGCCCGCCGCUGAGGAGGCCGAGCGCCAGAGCCCCCUCGUGUUGCACGGCGGCCCCGCGGCCGAGAGGCGCCUGCCCGAGGUGCAGGCCGUCUUCGAGCGGGACCCCGACACGCUGCUGUUCCUGCUGCAGCAGAAGAGCGAGCCGGCUGAGCCCCGCCUGGGCAGCAAGGCGCCCAAGGACGACAAGACGGUCAUCGAGGAGCAGGCCACCAAGAUCGCCGAGCUCAAGCGCCACGUGGAGUUCCUGGUGGCCGAGAACGAGAGGCUCCGCCAGGAGAACCAGCAGCUGCGGGCCGAGCGCGCCAGGCUGCUCCGGGGCCCCGCCGAGAAGGAGCUGGAGGUGGACGCGGACUUCGUGGAGAAGUCGGAGCUCUGGAGCCUGCCGCCGCCGCCGUCCUCGCAGUUUGCAGCCAGCACGGGCAAGGCCAAGGACAUCCCCAUCCCCAACCUGCCGCCCCUGGAUUUCCCGUCCCCGGAGCUCCCCAUCCUGGAGUUCUCGGAGGACCUUCUCAAGGGCCUCAUGAACAACUAGGACGCGGG